GCAUAACAAAUCUUCUCGGACUUUGACACCUAUGGUACCGUCACGUGGCCAUUUGACUCAAUAAGUGGCGUGCGCAUAUUCGAACGAACGCGGUGACCCACCACUUGGGCCUUCCUCCGGCCGACCAACGAAACCCACUCGGAUGAUUCCCUUCAACUAUAUAUAUACUUCCCUUUUCUGUUUCCCUUCUUCCCUGUAGUAGAAUUUAUUUUCCUUUUUUUUUCUCACCUUUUCCCCCAUUUUCUCUCUCUCCGUUUCCCUCCUCUGUAUUUCUCCGAUCUCCGACACAAUCCGCAGGACUUAAUAGUGACGUAGAUUCCAAAGAUGUUAGAGCAGUUACUGAUAUUUACCAGAGGAGGACUAAUCCUCUGGACGUGUAAAGAGCUUGGAAAUGCUCUUAAAGGAUCGCCCAUUGACACCUUGAUCCGUUCCUGCCUUUUGGAAGAACGAUCUGGUGCUGCAUCAUACAAUUAUGAUGCCCCAGGUGCUGCAUAUACCUUGAAAUGGACAUUUCAUAACGAUCUCGGCCUCGUAUUUGUUGCUGUGUAUCAGCGGAUCCUCCAUCUUUUGUACGUGGAUGAUUUGCUUGCUAUGGUGAAGCGAGAAUUCUCUGAGAUUUAUGAUCCAAAGCGGACACUGUACAAUGACUUUGAUGAUGUCUUUCAGCAGCUUAGGAAGGAGGCUGAGGCUAGAGCUGAAGAAAUGAAAAAGUCAAAGCAGGUGAGUCAGCCUAUAAGUAAUAACAUGGGUAAGAAGCAAGGGCAGGUGCAGAAGUCUGGAAUUCAAGGAGGGAAUAAAAAAAAGAGCAGUGGUGAAUCUGGGAACGAUGGCGAGGAUGGUGAAAAUUUAAAAGGUCGCAAGAUUGAAAAUGGUCAUACCAAUGGCAAAAAUUUUGCAGCUGACAGGUUGCCCUCAAUGGGCAAUGUUAAUGGUAAAGAGAACGUGAGCUCCAAUAAUGGGGCUUUUGAUGUAAAUAAGCUACAGAAGCUAAGAGCUAAAGGUUCGAAGAAAGUUGAUACAGUUACUAACAAGAGUUCUAAAGAAGAGCCGAAGAAAAAGGUUACAAAAAAGAAUAGGGUUUGGGAUGAUUCACCUAAGGAGUCAAAGUUGGAUUUUACAGAUCCGGUGGGUGAGAAUGGGGAUGAUAAUAUGGUAGUUGUGGCAGCAGAUGAAGGUGAGAGUAUGAUGGACAAAGAUGAGAUCGUUAGUAGUGAUAGUGAGACUGAAGAAGAGGAGGACGCGGGGAAGGACAGCAAGAUUGAAACAAAGAAGAAAGGGUGGUUUUCUUCCAUGUUCGAGAGUAUUGCUGGGAAAGCUAAUUUAGAGAAGGCAGACCUUGAACCAGCUUUGAAGGCUCUCAAGGACAGGCUCAUGACCAAGAAUGUGGCUGAGGAGAUUGCUGAAAAGCUUUGUGAAUCUGUGGCAGCAAGUUUGGAAGGUAAAAAGCUUGCUUCCUUUACAAGGAUAUCUUCAACAGUGCAGACAGCAAUGGAAGAGGCACUUGUCCGGAUUCUAACUCCUAGACGUUCUAUUGACAUUUUGAGGGAUGUGCAUGCUGCAAAGGAGCAAAGGAAACCAUAUGUGGUGGUUUUCGUUGGAGUUAACGGAGUUGGAAAAUCUACCAAUCUUGCCAAGGUAGCAUACUGGCUUCAGCAGCAUGACAUAAAAGUCAUGAUGGCUGCAUGUGACACAUUCCGUUCUGGAGCUGUUGAACAGUUGCGGACUCAUGCUCGUAGACUCCAGAUCCCUAUUUUUGAGAAGGGCUACGAAAAAGAUCCUGCAAUUGUAGCAAAGGAAGCUAUUCAAGAGGCCACUCGAAAUGGUUCAGAUGUUGUUCUUGUUGAUACUGCUGGUCGAAUGCAGGAUAAUGAACCGUUAAUGAGGGCACUGUCGAAGCUUAUCUACCUCAACAGUCCAGAUCUUGUCUUGUUUGUCGGGGAGGCACUGGUUGGGAAUGAUGCCGUAGAUCAGUUAAUGAAGUUCAAUCAGAAAUUAGCAGACCUCUCACCCUCUCCAAAUCCAAGGCUGAUUGACGGGAUCCUGCUCACUAAGUUUGAUACCAUUGACGAUAAGGUUGGAGCAGCUCUAUCAAUGGUUUACGUAUCUGGAGCUCCGGUCAUGUUUGUUGGUUGUGGACAGUCGUAUACAGAUCUGAAAAAGCUCAAUGUCAAGUCCAUUGUCAAGACACUUCUUAAGUGAGAGAGUGCAUUUGUGUUUAUCUUCCUUUCGGUUGCUUCUGCUUGCUGUCCUGUUUGUUUUGAACAUCUUUGUCAAUGCUACAAUUUGUAUGCUCUUCCCCCUUGUGAUCUGAUUACUUUGAUUCUGGUGGUGUAUCAUCAGUUGUUCCGUCAGGAACUUGGUGGAGUAUUUAAUUUGUUCUCUC